UUAAAUUAAAGCUCUGUGCCCACCAAAACCCUAAUCCGCAGCAACGGCGCAAGUCUCCGUCUUUCCCCCUUCUCGCCGGAGAAUGAGCUACUCGGCGGCUCGUCCGCCGCAAAAACCCUCGAGGGUCGAUCCAAAUACCGUGUAUAGGGCUGUAAAAUCUCUCCGAAAAUGGUGGAACUCCGAGUCCAUGACCCAGAAGGCCAGACCGAUGGAGCACGACGGGUUCAUGUAUCUGAUCGUGGCCCUGACGAAAGUCCCUCAAAAGGACCGAACGAAUCCCGAGAUGAUCCCUCUUCCUCACCCUUUUAUCGAUCUGGUCGAAGAUUCGCCGGAGUUUUGUUUGAUUAUCGACGACAGAUCCAAGAACCAUAUCACCAAGGAAGCUGCGAUGAAGAAGAUCGAAGCGGAGAAGUUGCCCAUCAGCGACGUGAUAAAAAUUUCAAAGUUCAAGUCUGAUUACCGUACAGUCGAAUCCAAGAGAAAGCUUUGUGAUUCUUACGAUAUGUAUUUCGCCGAGAAGAGGGUGAUGCCGAUUCUGCCCAAGUUGUUUGGAAAGCAGUUCGUGAAGAAGAAGAAGAUGUUAGUACCGAUCGAUAAGAACAAGAACUGGAAGGAUCAGAUCGAGACGGCUUGUGGGUCGACAUUGUUUUUCAUGGGCACAGGUACUUGCAGUGUCGUUAAAGUUGCGAAAUUGUCGAUGGGAAACAAGGAAAUCGCUGAGAAUGUUGUGGCGGCAAUCAGUGGAGUAGUUGAUGUUGUGCCUAGAAAAUGGAAGAAUGUGAAAUCCAUUCAUCUGAAGCUGCUUGAGAGCUUGGCAUUGCCUGUCUAUCAAUCGGUUCCAGAUCUGGAUCUCAAGGUCGAUGCUUCUAAUGAAGAGAAUUAGGGGAGAGUGAUGGUAAAAAGAAAGCGUGGGGAGCAAGUUAGGUCGAAGAAGCUGAAGAACAACAUCAAUGUAGUCGGUGGUUAUCUAUGUUGUUGUGGUUUGUUGACAAUGCCUGGACUGACAAGAUAUGAUAUAGAGAAGAACCCUUUUUCGAUGAGUGAAUAGUAAUGUUAUGCGCAUUCAUAUC